AAGUGCAGAGGCAGACUGUUGUCAACGGAAUUGAAAUAUAAUACAAGACUCAUUUAGUUUACCAAGCGCGCAGUAGACGAUUGCAUGGUCGUUUCCCCGCACUCGGUGCGCGCGCAGCGCGAAGGCGGCGCGUUGCACCGGAUAAUAAACUACAACGAUUUUUCAUGUUGAGUACAAGAACUGGCAAGAACAUGCUCCCUUGCUGAGCAGGACGACGCGCCCAAUCGACCGUGGUAGGAAGCUUUAUUCGACGCAGCUUUCUUACUGCUUGGUGGCAUCUACUAGUGUUGAGCCGCGGUCGAAAAAUGUUCCCAGGACGGCCAACCGACGGGGUGGAGCCGCAAACGCGGCUGCCUCGGGAGAUUCUAAAGUGGCUACAGUCACUGGACUUGAGUUUCGCCAUCGUGAAUGUCGGGCGCGACUUCAGCAACGGAUUCUUGGUGGCAGAAGUGCUCUCCAGGUACCACCCGAAGGAGAUCCACAUGCACUCAUACGAGGCCGGUACGCAGCUGAAGAUCAAGCGGGAUAACUGGGACCAGUUGCUGAAAUUUUUUGUGAAACAUAAGGUGGACAUCGGCCGGCCGGACUUCGAUCCGGUAAUCAACAAUGUCGCCGGCGCGAGCGUCGCGCUCAUGAAAAAACUGUACACAUUUUUAACCAAGCGCGUGGCCGUGGACUACAAUGCGCUCGUAGAAACCAUACCCGCAGACGCCAGUGCCGCCGCCACUGGAGAUAUCGACGAGAAGAUAAAGUCGCCUGGAUGAUUCCUAAAGCGAAUGCGUCUUGCAAAAGAUACUGAUAGGGUGGCAUGACGAGCAACUGAAGACAUUCACCCUACAUGCCGAAAAAGAUGAAAAGAUCUCUACUGCUGGAGGCCAGCCAGAAGAGCGAUAUAGGCAGUUAGUUUGUAUCGACGCCAUGGCUUCAUCUAAAAGAACAAGUUGUUCCUCCAGGGGUUCUAUUGAAAAAACUUAAAUCACAUUUGGAAUCAGCAUCGAUUUCAUUUCUCUUCGCUUCGAUAAAGGGCGCCGAUGACGCGGCUUCAAGGGCAGCCUCAACUACUGCAAAGGAACCGGAUCCACCCGAGCCAGCGAAACGAGAACAAGCGCAAAUGAUGUCAACGGCACGGACUAGCAGACCUGCGCACUCCGGUAGGGGCGAGCCGAGGGUCGUCAGUAGCAAUGUACUAAAAAAACUUUUUAUUUCAUGGAUUUUGUUCUUUGUUUAUCAUUAUCUUCGUACCCCUGGAAGAACUUGAACUCAGUUUCAGUAGAAAUUGUUUGCCGUAGUGAAUCCCGCCAUGGGGCGGCCUGUUUUAGUGAAACGGACCUUGCUCUUUUGGACAUCGACUCCUAUGAAGAAGCGAAUUGACCGACAAACAGUUCGAGAUCUCGCACCUGGACAUCAAGGAGGCAAGCAUAAAGCCGAUCAGUAAAAACUUGACCAUGUUCCGGCAGCACAGCCGGCUCGCGACCUCGGCGUCCGCCCGGAGCCUCGACGACGGGGCCGUGUCCGGAGAGAGUUGUCUCGCCAUAAUGAAGCCCAUCUUUGCCGAAGCCAUUGAUGCAGACUGCUACCGCAUCAUCGAUCCAAGAAAAGACCUGGUACCAGAAGCAGGGACCUCUUCAUUUUUGUGAGAUGAAGUAGUAGGACUGCAAUUUGAACUUUGAUUUUUUAAUCAAUUACUGCAAAAAAUAUUAUGGCGCACUUUGAUUUUGUUCCCCCGCCGUCGUGCAUCCUUAACAACAAAUCCAUCGCGACUGAGUCUGCACUUCAUUCUGCAGGUGGUCAGUUUCAUGGAGCACGUGGAGCAGAUUCCGGAGGGGAUUACACUUAGAAUACUCGAGUCCCUGACCGGGCAGGGCGUCUUGCGCGGCAUCGCCGAGACAUGUUUGAAGAACCCACCCGAGUUUUCGAAAAUUUUUACCCUGUUCAGCCAGCCGCUGUUCUCGCUGAGCCACGACAACCCCGUGUUCGAGGGCAUUGCGUACUUUUUGAAGCGCCUCGGCGCCACGCUGUCUAAAACGGAUCCGGUCAUCACCGAGCACCUGUGGAUCGACGGAGGCCUUCCGGACAUGGCCAAGCUGGCGACGCUGGUCGGCAGUAAGCGGGAGGCGGUGGCCGACUUCGUGUUUUCUUACAGCGGUGACACGUCGCAGGCGCACAUUGCAGCGCUAAGGCACCUGAAGGAGCGAGUUGCCGAAGUCGGGGUGUACGUAAAUCUGUUGUCUUUCCUCGUCGGUAUAGAAGCGCAGAUGGGACUCCUUGGGGUAAGUUGUACAACUGCUUUCAUGCAUUGCCUUCAACGGUCGCCAGGAUAUCUAACGGGUCUCAACAAGACCGCCUUAUUUACAUGAGGGUAGCGUCAACAGCAGUCCGACGGUCCCUUGGAGAUGACUGGAAAUGGAGAUCAGAUCCGCCGAAGCAAAAUGCUUUUCAACACAUGUCAACAUGAAUAUCUACAACAGGAUCCGACGCUGCUAGACCUGUACCUGUAUUACGCCCAACUGGGCAUCCAAGACGCGUCCCCUCGCGUCCGGGUAUUUAUCCCACGAAAAAAGUGUUACAGUUACACAUCUGCUGUAACUUCAGCAUCACAAGUUUCCUCUGCAUGACAAAGAAAACUUGCAAUGCAAAGAUCAUAAGGGAAAACAGGAAGGAAACGAGGCUCCAACUCCAAAGCAUUUCCUGCAUGAGAAAGGUUGGCUGUGUUGCCCGUCUUGCAUGACAAUGUGUAACUGUAACACUUUUUUCUCCUCAUAGUAUUCGGGUUGAGUAUAUUAACGCAGAUCGUCAGUGCCAAGGAGGAUUACGACUACAACAAAACCGCCGAGUACUUCUUAUUUUCUUUUUUCUUCCUUCCAGGUGAUGAAAAACCGUGAUGCAACGAAGUAGUACAGCGUAGCAUCGACCCACCGUGCGGAUACUUCUAGCCUUGGGGCGACAUUGCUACACUAUCUUUGUGGAUUAUUUUGGUUGCGUAGACCUCGAUCUCCUUCUUCAUCGAUCUGCCGUGAUCAUGAAAUUGAUGCUGAAGAAGAGGAGCAGGAGCGUCGUGGUCGUUAUAGAUUCGCCUACAAUAAUUUCUAUCACAGCUACGCCCCGGAAGCCAAGGACAUAUCUCUGGAAGGCGUUUUCGCCCUCGUACCGGCAAUGAAAAACCUCGCACAAGACACGUGGUGGGAAGUCCAGGCGCAAUUGCUCCUUCUCGCCUGCCAUUUGCUGCUGAAUCUAGGUAAGUGGGUCUACAGGCAUAGAGAAAGAAGAUUGUUGCUACUCGUAACAAGCAUUCGCUCUACUUGUUCGCGAGGGUAUUUUUCGCGCAUCAUGAUAACAAAUUGUGAGACUUGGCCUGUACAGUGUACAACAAGUCAAAACUCAAAAGAACAAACGGCUGCAACUGCAUUGGCAUUCUAUCCACAUAAUCCAUUUCGUCAGUAUCCGCAAGCUCAAGUGAAGCGUCGGCGCCGCCGAGGCCACCGGAAACGGAGAAACUGCUGAUGCACUUUGUGCAGUCCAUCUUUAUUCCAACUAACUCGAGAAAUGUCCUCCAGGUGGGGCUCGCCAACGUAGUAUUGCUCCUGGUCCAUCCGCAAUUCAAGGAGCAGCUGCUGCCGCUCUACGUUAGGGUACUGAUAGACUUUCUAAGUACAUCCUGGUGUAGACGUGCGUGCUGAUAUGGUUGCGCGUUGCUCAGCUUUUUUCAAAAUUGAUAGUCGUACCCCGCAGCUUGUUUUGCAAUCGAAUCCACCUUUACAAUUAUGUAUUCCUUUAUUUCCUACCAGAUACUAGUGACGCAGCCGGCGCCGCUACGACAGAGACUGUUGGCGGAUGCUAUCAAAUGUAAAAAUGUCUGGGUCUGGAAGAAUGCAAGUUUGUCAUGCUUGUCUGGCAUGACUCUUAAAUCUGUCAUGCACAUUACCAAAGAGCCCCACUUUUCUGUCAUGCAGAAACGUAGUUUGUCAUGCAGAAUAGGCAACACCUAGAAGCUCAGAAACUUGUCAUGCUGAGCCAGCAAUCGUGGCCUCCUCAUGCAUGGCACGCCACACAGCAUCACAACUUUCCAGACCCAGACAUUUUUACAUUUGAUAGACGCCGAAAUGAGCGUAAAUCGACUCGGAAUGGUUGUGCACAGACUGAAGUAUAGUUUUGGAUGCGUUGAGUCUCGCACUCCUAUUCUUCAUAUAUUUGCAGCAGUUGAAAUGUUCAUUUUCCAUUUUUUUCCAGUAUAGUGUCUGCUUUUCUUGAUGAUGAUCUGCAUCUUUUUCAGUCUGCGACGGGGUCCUGCAGGAAGUGCAGCACGUCUUGAUAAAAUCUUUCCACAGUUACGUGAUGGGCCCUGCUUCCCGAGCGUACGACGAGGUUUGCUUGCGCCAGUUGUGGAAUGGGUUUGACAUCGCGUCAGCUUUCGUUGACGACGUGGAGGCCUCGGAACUAGACUACUUCGACGCCGCCCAUCUCGAGCUGCUACUCGCCUGCAUCAGAGACAUAGACCUCACGCUGGGGGAGGAAGACUGGUAGAGUUCAAAGCUACGUAUGAAUUGAUUCGCUCGCUGUAUUUCGGAGGCAAUAUAUAUGACCACAUCAACAUCAUAUAGCUACAAUACUUUCAGUUCUUUCAAAUUACUGGCAGUUAACACACGACUUUGGUGCAUGUUGCACGUGCUUUCUUCUUGCCUUAGCCUUUCGCCUGCACGCACCACCAUGAGAAGCAUGAUUACCUACUCGUGCAUGAUGUUUCCAAAAAAUUAAAUUCAUUUCCACAAUGAUUUCACAACACCAGGGCCGGGUUGUUCGAGCGGAUCAGCAUGUACGUGUAUGUGUCUCUGAUUGAUCCGGAGUUUUCGGAAUUGGCGCAAGUGGUCCUGCACACCUUCUGGAAGGCCGGCUGCGGGCUGGUCCUCACCACCUUCGUGCAGAUGCUCCGCGUCAUAUCAGAGUGCACAACUUGUUCCCCUUGUUCCCCUGCUCGUCAUAAUUUGUAGCGCAUUUCAUUAUUAACAGCUGCAUGAUCAGCCUUCAGCAAUAGAAACGUCAACAAAAAUAUAUGCCGCUUUUGCAUGGCAAAGGCAAUUUCGCACAGAAUUCCAGUGUUGUCUUGGCUGCCAGAUGACCCUGCCUGUUCGCAAAAACAAGAAGUGCCAAGAGGCAAACAGUGGCUGUGAUGGUGCUUUGUAAAGUAGGACAAUCAAAGGAGAGGGACAAAGGUCCAAGAAGUUGUGCACUCUGAUACGUGAUGUUUUCGGACGAAUUGGAGCGCAGCCGGAUCGAGCCGGAUAUGAACUGCAAAAGUAUCGUACUCGUAUAUUAAAUGCAUUAGAGCAUGAGAAAUGAAGUUUGUCAUGCGGAUUUACGUUAAGAAAAAAAUUUGUAAUGCAUGACUGCAAUUACUACGACUGCGAUACCUUUGCAGAGCAUACCGGAACAGCUGCUGCAGUUUCUCUUCGAGGUCAAGGUCUACAGCCCGGACUUUGUCGCCGAGAUUGUGCAAACCUUCGAAAAGAACUUUCCGGACGAAUACGCGGCCUCCCCGAUGGCGGACCUGUUGAUGGAAUAGUUAGAGGAAUUCUAAUUCUUCACAAUACUCCACAAGCACAACAUGUAAAAUUACCAUCACCAUGUAAUAACAAGCACCAACACCAUUUGUAAUUGAUGCAAGGAACAACUGAUUACCAUUGAAACAAACUCAAAACCUGAAACUGAAACUUUAGCAAGUCGAACACAGUUGCACGCUAACUGAUGAAAUUUUCUGAUUGAAUACGCGGAAUAAUUGUGUCGGCGGAGGACGCAUGAAAGUGGAAAGCAAAGAACGAGAGAAGUACCUUGACCUUUCACUUUCAACGCAUCCAUCGACAUAGUGAUUCCUGGCAGAUGCUAAGCUGAUCAAAUUUGUGUACGCUCGAGGAAGGUGAGAUUGUGGGGAGGGGGGCACCCGAAUAAAUGAAAUCGGGAACGGCAAGAACAGCCGGGAUGGCGUCGCAAGAAAGGGAGAAAGCAUCUAAUAGUACGAAAAUAAAGAAAAAGAAGCGUCUACGACGCAAGUAGAACUCGAU